UUCCCAUCUGCUAAUAUGCUUUGAGAGCAAGAGCGCUUGGGCUGAACAGGAAUUUAAAAUACACGCUUCACGCUGAAACUCUCAACUGGGUCAUCUUCUAAGUCACAAAGCAAGUCUUCCUCCAUACCUCUCUUGACUAAAUACAUGGACGAAUCAUCUAAGCCUUUUCUCGCCUCAAAUGGUAACGCAGACGAAGACCUUGAAACAGUGCAGUCAAGUGCCGGUUACUCAAGAAAGAACCAAGUUAUAGCAUGGAGGACUUUCAAGGCUCAAAUAAGUAUCGUUAUUGUCCUUGCACUAGCCCUAGGAGUUGCCCUUGGAUACAACUCCCAACAAAUAUUCUCUGCGGGAUUGACUAGCAAAAUAUUAAAUGGUCUAAUACGUAUGUUCAGGCAAACUUCCCUUCCAAAGUCUUCGCUAAGUUAGUUUUCAUAGUCCCACCAGGCGAAGUCACCGAGACCUGGGAACAUAAUUUGCUAUUUAGUCAAUCUCCAACCGCUGAAUCCGAAGCGGCUUGGAAUGAUUUAAUGCCAAUAGGCAGGGGCUUUAUCCGACCUCCAGAGGUUACACCACCCGAGAUCACAAGCAUCGUUGCUUUUCACCAGCUCCAUUGUUUGGUAAUUCUUCCUCAUAACAUAUUCAUUGCUUCUUCUUUUCUUCAAAUGGCUAAUCAUGUGUUAGCAUGCGAUUCUAAUGGCUUACUAUGCAACCGAAGAGAAUCUUGGGCGCGUGCUCGAGGGAAAAGGCGUCAAUCCCGACCCUCAACUCUACGGUACACGCAUUCAUACACAUCAUAUCAGGCAUUGCUUUGAUUACUUGCGGAGAGCAAUUAUGUGUGCCGCUGAUACCAAUCUUGAAGUGAUUGACCCAACUAACCACACGACCGACGGUUGGGGCCAAGCGAAGAAGUGUCGGAACUUUACUUUGGUGAGGGAAUACGCUGAACGUUGGGCACCAAAUGAGGAUACAGGAAUCAUUACUUGA